AUUGUUUGGGGUCCUCGUUGGACGCUCCGCGGCGCCAGUCUCAUCCACGGUAGAUGAAGAGCACGGAGGAAUAAAUACUACGACUAAAAUAUCGUAGCGAAGUCCAGUUGGUAAAGGACUUUGGAUACUAAAAGUUGCAGCCAUGAAUCUGGAAUUGCUCGAGUCGUUCGGGCAGAACUAUCCAGAGGAGGCAGAUGGCACUCUGGACUGUAUCAGCAUGGCCCUCACCUGCACCUUCAACCGCUGGGGCACCCUGCUGGCUGUGGGCUGCAACGAUGGUCGCAUCGUCAUCUGGGACUUUCUCACACGAGGAAUCGCCAAAAUCAUCAGUGCACACAUCCAUCCAGUCUGCUCAUUAUGUUGGAGUCGAGACGGUCACAAGCUGGUAAGCGCCUCCACAGACAACAUUGUCUCGCAGUGGGACGUCCUGACUGGAGACUGUGACCAGAGGUUCCGUUUCCCUUCACCCAUCCUGAAACUGCAGUGCCACCCCAGAGACAUGGACAAGGUGCUGGUGUGUCCCAUGAAGUCCGCCCCUGUCCUGCUGACGCUGUCAGACUCCAAACAUGUUGUCCUGCCCGUUGACGACGACUCAGAUCUAAAUGUGGUUGCAGCCUUUGAUAGGAGGGGCGAGUACAUCUACACUGGCAAUGCCAAAGGAAAGAUUCUAGUGCUGAGGACAAACACUCAGGAGCUGGUGGCUUCUUUCAGAGUGACAACCGGCACCAGCAACACCACUGCCAUCAAAUCUAUUGAAUUUGCACGCAAGGGCAGUUGCUUCCUCAUAAACACAGCGGAUCGGAUAAUCAGGGUUUAUGAUGGCAGAGAGAUCCUGACCUGUGGGCGAGAUGGGGAACCAGAACCCAUGCAGAAACUACAGGACCUGGUCAACAGGACACCAUGGAAGCGCUGCUGUUUCUCUGGGGACGGCGAGUACAUUGUAGCCGGUUCAGCGAGACAGCACGCCCUGUACAUCUGGGAGAAAAGCAUCGGUAACUUAGUAAAGAUCCUGCAUGGAACCCGAGGAGAGCUGCUGCUGGAUGUUGCUUGGCAUCCUGUUCGUCCGAUCAUCGCCUCCAUCUCCAGUGGAGUGGUUUCCAUUUGGGCUCAGAACCAAGUGGAAAACUGGAGUGCUUUUGCCCCAGACUUCAAAGAGCUGGAUGAGAAUGUGGAGUACGAGGAGCGAGAGUCUGAAUUUGACAUUGAGGAUGAAGAUAAGAGUGAACCCGAGCAGACAGGUGCAGACGCUGCAGAAGAUGAAGAGGUGGAUGUGACCACUGUUGAUCCCAUAGUGGCUUUUUGCAGCAGUGAUGAGGAGCUGGAGGACUAUAAGGCGCUGCUGUAUCUGCCCAUCGCCCCCGAGGUCGAGGAUCCAGAAGAGAACCCCUUCGGUCCGCCGCCAGACGCCUCCGUCCAGGCCGCUGGUCCGGACGACGUGUUGGCCGGCGGCGACAAGAAGCAGCGGCAGCCUUCGUCUGAAGGAGGCCCAGCCAAGAAAAAGGCUCGCACCACCACCAUUGAACUGCAGGGGGUGCCCAGUGAUGAGGUGCACCCCUUACUGGGCGUGAAGGGGGACGGCAAGUCAAAGAAGAAGACAGCCGGCCGACCCAAAGGCUCCAAAGGUAAAGACAAAGACUUCCCCUUCAGGCCCAAGCCCUGCAGGGGCGAACGGCCCUCCUUUCCUGUGGUGCCUGAGGCCCUGGGCAGCUCUGGCCCAGGGGUAGGAGGAGGAGGAGGAGGAGGGAUGAAGGGCAGGGCAGAGGGGGGCCUGGCCACAGGAAGUCUGGUCUCUCAGUCGUACAAACAGCACGACAUUGGAGGGAUGGACUGAUCGUUGAUAUUUGUGAUUAUCGGCUGGCUCGCACAAAAAGACACAAGUCCAGAUAUCUUGUACAGACUGUGAGUGAGCGGCCUGUUUGGUGUGCAGACUCUUUCCUCCCCCGACCAGAGACCAGCAUCACAGCCCAGACCACCGACAGGAGCCGUGAACCGUCAGAGUCUACACUUUAGAAAUCACACGUCCUCUGUCUCCGUAGGAUUCGUCAUGUAUAGAACACCUGUGUCCUGAUAGUGUGUGUGUUGUCUUUCUUGUUUUUAUACAUAUUAAAAAUUCUGAUUUGUAAA